AUGGCGUCCGUCAAGGUGGGGCAUGAGACACUGCAGCACCACGUUGUUCGACUGAUUAACGUCACUGGUGGUAUCUUUAAGUGUGUUGCAUUGCAGCACCACGUUGUUCCACUUGUUAAAGUCACUGGGGGUAUCUUGAUCAAGGGAACGGUGAAUAGCGUCACGGUCGAUUCGGAAAAACAUACCGGAAAAUACGAAAUAACAGUGGACGAACGAUUUCAGUUUCCAGACGUGUGUACAAACAACUCCAUCAUCAUGGUUAGAGCAGGCAUGCCCGGCCAUUCGUGUCCAUUCACGAUAGCGACAUUUGACGUGGGUGAAACGUACCUCAUAACAGGUCAGUUCAUCGGAAAGAAGGAUGGAAGUAAAUGGGUGGACACUCGUUUGCAGUGGAGUCAGACGGGAAACCCAGACUUCUUCUUUGAAGAUGACAAGAAACUCUGGGUACCUGAGCUCAUGGUAGAUAACUCCGUUCUGUCCCUUGGAGUCAUUCGCGCUGACAACAUCCUGUUGCGCGUGCGCUAUGACGGCGAGGUCACGUGGGAGCCGACCGGCAUUUUCUACACGUCCUGUAACAUUGACAUUUCCUACUACCCGUUUGACAAGCAGAAAUGUCAGCUGGAGAUCACCAGCUGGGCGUAUAACAUAGGCGAACAGAACCUGACGUUCUUGGGAACCGGCUUCAACUUGCAGGACUUCAGCUCGAACGCGGAGUGGGACCUGGUGGACACGACGACGGGCCACCGACUGAUCGUCGAGGAGGGACAGACGUUCGCCCAGCUCGACUUCGUCUUCACGACGACUCGUCGCGCCAGCUACUACGUGCUCAACAUCGUGCUGCCCAUCAUGCUGAUGUCGCUGCUGAGCGUGCUGGUGUUCCUGCUGCCUUUCCAGUCGGGCGAGAAGGCGUCGUACGCUCUCACGGUGCUGCUGUCCUACACCGUGCUACUGACGAUCGUCGCCGCCGAGAUGCCGCCCAUAUCCAACAGCGUGUCCAUAUUAGCUGUGUAUUUGGCACUGAUUCUGGUCAUUGGAGCGACUACAACUUUUCUGUCGGUUGUCAAUCUGUACCUUUACCACCAAGUGCCGCAAAAAGAAAUACCACAUUCCCUGAAGCAAUUCACGACAAAGUUUCUCUGCAAAGUCAGCAGUUGGCAAAAACUGGAUCCAGAGGCAUCAAAAUCGGCUAAAAACCGAAUCCUGCCGGAACUUGCCGAGAACGGACAAAAUAAAACAAAUAAAAAACCGAAGAAGGCAAAGGCAGUAAAAGGGGCGAGGGAGGACGAGGAAGAAGGUGCGUUUUAUUCCUGGGUGGAAAUUGCGUACAUGUUUGACGUGUUCUACUUCCGGUUGUUUACGGUUAUCGUUUUGAUAAUCACUGUGGUAUUUAUGAUGACGUUGCCACUGGUAGGGUAUCUAGGUACUUGAGGCUUGACAAUUGUUCUGACUGCAGAUGAUGUGUUGACAUAUUUAUAUAUUGAUAAUAUAUCGAGAACUGGGGAAACUUCAGUGUUGCAAACAUAAAUAUACCCGGUAGUGGUGUUGUUCAUGUUUAAACAGAAAUGUGCUCUCUAUAUUACAAACACUACAGAUAUUAAAGCGGCACUGGCCGGGGGCCUACGGGCUCUCAUUCGUAUGUGGGGGAGGGGUGAUAGGGUGGGGGUGGGGGAGAGACUGAUUUUUGGUCAUAUUAAACAAAAGUGCCUGAAUAUGGAUUACAACGUUUAUCAGUAUUAGCAUUACUACCAAAGAGAUAUAUAGGAUUCCAAAAUGAAUCUCUACGCAUUUUGUUUUUGCAUGGAUCAUGUGAACAGAAUAAUGGAAAUAUAUGGUGAAAUGUUGAUCCCUCCACCGCCUUGACCCUACCCCCGUCUCAAACGCUUAUGUAUGUAGAGCUUGCUAUGUGAAUAGUAGUAUUAAGAAUGCCAUUCUCCAGGUUUUCUUCAUAAUAAAAAACGACUUACUCAGACGAAUGUGCAGAGUGCGCGUGUGUGUGUGUGCGUGCGUGCGUGUGUGUGUGUGUGUGGGGGGGGUCGCUGAUUGAAACCUUCCCCUUCAAGAAUGUUUUUUUUUCAUUGUAUUUUUUGGGGCAGAAUGACCAGAUCCCCAGAGUCUAGAUUCCUCCCCUCCCCCCGUGCUCAACUUCCUGCAUACGCGCCUGUUUUUGAGAAGUUGUUCUCGCCAUUGGCGGAAAAUAGCCCAUCAUUGAAGCGCUCGGCUGAUGCGUGGUCGGUCUAGGAUCGAACGUGGUCGGUGGACCCAUUUGGGUAUUUCUUGUUCCAGCAACUGCACCACGGCUGGUACAUCAAAGGUCGUGGUAUGCGCUGUCCUG